UUCCCUUAAUGGGAGCUCUCCCUACUGCCUGCCUGGGGAAGAUGUCAAUGAGGAGACGAAGCUGUCUAGUGAGGGAGCGCUGCCGCGUGCUGUUCGCCUACCAGGCUGAGAACGAGGACGAGCUGACACUGCGCGAAGGUGACGUCAUCACGCUUGUCACCAAGCACCUGGAGGACGCCGGGUGGUGGCGCGGGGAAAUCAACGGCCGCGUCGGUGUCUUCCCGGACAACUUCGUCGAGGUGCUGCCACCGGACGAGCCAAAAUCCAAAACGGCGACGCCUACGCCCGGUAAGAAGCCGCCGCCGCCGCGACCUGACUCCAUCGUGGGGUCAGAGGUCGUCCGAUCUCACCGCCACUCACUAAAGAGGGAGCCACCGGUCAAGCCGCCGGGGCCGCCGAUACCGUUCCACAACACCACGCCGACGACAGAUAAAUCUGACCAGGUGGCGGUGGUGCCUCCGCUGCCCGGCCGCAAGCCGGUGCUGCCGGACCGUCCGGCCCCUCCCGUGCCAGCUGACCACACAGACAGCAACAAGGAGAAUGAGGUCAAUCACAGACCUGUGGAGGAGAACGGAUUCGACGAGGUGGCAGCAGCCGGCGAGAAGCUCACACAUCUGACGGCCAGCCGUGCGAAGGCCCCCAGCAGACGACCGCCGUCCACCGUCUUCAAGGAGCCGCCGUCGCACGUGGAACAGGAGAAGGACGAGCACGCGGACACCGAGAAGGAGACGCCGACGAAAGAGGAACCGAUGGCUUCUCCCCCGGUCGUGACGAGACGACCUCCUCCGCUGGGAAUACGUAAAGAGAAGCCGGAGGUGCGAGCGCGACCGCCCAGCCUCGCGACGACCCCGACCGACCACCGGGUGGCGCCGCCUGCCGUCUCGACGCUCGCCGCGAUCGACGAACUACGACAGGAGCUUUACGCGCUGCGCGAUUCGUCGUCGUCGUCGUCGCCGUCGGCAACCGCGGAACUCGCCGCCCUGCGACAAGAGAACGUCGCGCUGCGUCGCGACGUGGGGGCGCUGCGCGAGGCGUCGGACGCGCUGCGACAAGAGAGCGCCGCGCUGCGGGCGCACGUCGCCGAUCGUCUGCUUGCGAUGGCGGAGGAGAUCGACGAGGAGAAGAAGGCGAAGCUGGCGAUGCAGGUCGAGAUCGCGCGCAUGAAGAAGAUCGUCAAGGCGACCGCCGUCCUCGAGAGCCCCGUCAAGUAGCGGCGCCCCCUGGCGGCGGCAGGGGGUCAGCGGCGACGCGUGUUCUGUCGGUGCGAGAGGGAGGGGGUGUCGGUGCGGUCCGUCCGAUGGGGGAGUGUGGAUGGCGCCCCCUGGCGCUGGUUUCUGUCGGCGACUCGCGCAUCUGCGGUGGGCGGGGUGCGGUCACGUGGUCGGCGUGUUCCUCUCGCGGGGGAGUGCGGUCAGCGCCACCUGGCGCUGGUUUCCGGCGCCGACGCGCGUCCGUCCGGCGGGAAGGAAAUCGCCGCUUUUUUUCUAUUACUCUCUACAUUCCGUUUUCGGCGGCGAGACGCGGCGUAUAUACUUCGACGCCGUUCGUUUUAGCGGCGAGACAUUCCGCGGCUAGAGGGCGCUACGUUAGCGCGGGCGGUCGCGACCUUGGAGCGAGAUUUUUUGGGGGAACUGUUUCUCUCCCGUGGCGUGCACCAUUUGUUUACGCGUAACCGCGGCGACAGUGUCGCCUCGACGACAUUCCUUGUUAUUAUGUAGUCGUGUCUACUUGUGCGCGUGCGUGCACGUGUGUGCGUGCGUGCGCGAGCACGCCGCGUAUGUGCGUGUAUCGACGUAUUUCCGACCUGGUUUGAAAUGAAAAUCUGCGAUUCUAUCGUUAUGUACAUAUAUAAAGAGCGAUUAUCAACGACGGUUUAAGUACGUGACGGUGGGCGUGUGCUCGCGCGCAUAGACGAUUCGCCGUGUGCUCGGUGCAGGUAAAACGCAAGCCUGCUGUAAAUAUAUGCAUACAGAAAAACCAGUGUAACACAUUAUAUAAUAGUAUUUGUACUUCGGGGGACGUGUUGCCAUCGGAAACAGGGAUGCUCUUUCGCACGUGAAUCGCUCGUGUUCUUGUUAACGUCGUUGCCGUGGCAACGCGUGCACGAGUUGUUUUCUUUCAGACCCCCGGCAGACAGUGUGCCCUUUUUCAUUGUACAGUACUGCCCACGUUAUGAAAUUAUUACAUUCCAGAAAAUCGUUUCUUACGGAAAUGUCUGCAACGUGAAUCACGUUGUCUGUGUUGACUUCCAUUACGUAUAUAUAUUUAGAUAUGCAUUCCUAUGAAAGAAGUGUACGUCCGGCCAAACGAAGAGGGUAAUUCCUUGAUAUCUCCGCUAAUACAAGCACAAUUAUGAAUGGAAUGCAAGAAAACAUCGGUGAUCAUUUUACAGUGACUGUUUGUUUAAUGAAUUAAGUAAUUUGCGAAAAGAAUUUCAGAAUAAGAAUUGUUUUCUUGCACCUGGACGUUCAUUGGACGUAGAGACUGAUUAUAUAUGCACAAUUGUGGGUGCAAGUAAUCAUUGUCAAUAUAUAUAUAUUGAUUAUUCAAUGAUUUAAUGGAAGAAAGAGUGUUUUGGCAUAAAAAAAAAACGUAAAAACACCGUGCCGUCGUUCAUCUGCCUCAUUACCGUCUUGGUCGCCCUGGUAACGUCGCUUCACCGCAAUAUUAUUAAAGGUAUGGAAUACAGGUAUAGGGAUGCUGCAGGAUAGGGUGUUGCUUGCGUGUGGUUAGCAUGUUGUUAGGGUGUGUCGUUGGUUGGGGUGGGGUGGGGGCGGGGUUAAGGGUGCACACAGUGGUUAGUCUCAGGUCUGGCAUCGUGUGUGAGUGUUAAUGGGUAACAGGCUAUAGAAUUUGUCGCAUGUUGUCAAGCGGUCGAGUCACGACCCUGCAUCGUUGUCACGUCACGUACGCGUAGCAUCCCGCAAUGAUGGCCGGAUACGAUGGAAGUGCUCUUGAUUUUUGCACCCAAAUGUUUACAAAGAUUAUUUUACAUUAUUUUAAAUCUCAAGAUAUUUAUAGUUCGUUUUGACUAUGAAGUGAAAUGAGGCAUGUACAAGAAUUCAAAUGAAUAAACUACAUAGCGUAGAAAAUACAA